GACUGAGUUUUUUUUUUUUUUUUGGCGUCAGUACAUGUAAAUAUUUUUACAUAAAUAUUGUCUUGAGUAUUGACACUUGACAAAUGAGUAUAUGAAAACUAAAUGUAUUCAAUAAUGCAUUAACUUAAAGAACGCCAAUGAAAUGCAAGUCCUUAACAAAAACAAACAAAAAUAGCUUUUAACAUAAUGAAACUAAUAUUUCGUCUUAAAUGGUAACCAUGAAAUUAAUAUUUAAUAGAUUCCCUGGUUUAAAACCUUGUGUAUACAUUUAAGAAAUUGAAAGGUAAAACAAUUAAUACAUUUUUAAAACUUACGAUGAUUAUACACAAAUAAAUCCAGAAAAUACAAAACACAUUGUUCAGUUGUUUUUGAGAUAUUACUAAAUACUAUUCGAGCUGCACGUCUAUAUAAUAAUUCAGUCUUUUUAAAGUAGCUGAAUUAUACUUUUAUACUUUUUUUUUUUGUGCGUGUGUUUUGGUUAUGUUAUACAGUAUAUCCUGCAAAAUAUAUAUAAACAUGUUUUAAAUAAGCUUCGCUGAUCUGAAAAUCAAACUUUCCUGUUAGCGCCAACGCGUGAAUACGACGCGUGGUUGUUAUGGAGACCAGUUUGUUAUGGUUUGAGCUAGCAAGUUAACUUUAGCUGUGCUCGUAUUCAGUUGCUGAAUUUCUGUCAUUUGAGGUAAAUAACAUUAUCAGUUCUCCUCAUAAAAAUAAAUUGUUGGUCUUUUCACGUAACAGUAAGAGCAGGUAUGGAGAAAUCUGAUAUGAUAAAUUUCAGUCAGCUUGAAAAAGAGCUACAAGCGGCGCUGGAAGCGGACAGGAAGUAUCAGAGGGAAAACGAUGCCAAGUUUCGUGCUUUAAACCAAAAUGUCGCCAGCUAUGAAGAAUUCAGGGAUAUAGUACUUGCGUCUCACUUAAAGCCCCUUGACAGAAAGGACAUCUCUGGUGCGCCUCGAAAGCAGCCAUGGAAUCCCAUUGCUUUUGGCACAAAGCAUGCAAGUGCUUUAUCUGAGGAGGUCCAGCCAAAGUUAUCUGAGAUCCAACCAAGAAGUGCAUCAGAAUUCUUCCGUGACUGGCGCAGGUUCGCAGGAAGCUCACUGGAAAAGUACAGUCUCCUCGUGAGUCUGGGAGGCGAGGCUCUGCGGGAAAUCUUCAGAACUGAGGUUGGCCUAGGUCUUCUCGGCGAGUUCCUUCUGAUUCUGUCGCAGUGUCUUAAGUCAGGGGAUGAGGAAAUAGUGACCGGAGUGCUGGACGGCCUUUCCAGAACUGGCCGUUUUGGCCUUAACCUGUCUCUUCUUAGUCAGGCUGAACAAAAAGCCCGUGAGGAGCUUUUCCACAAGCUACAAGUUGCAGCAGGUGAUUCUUCUGAAACUUCAGUGGCUUGUGAGGCCAGUCUUACAGCAAAACUGAAAGUGUUAAUGGGAAAAUAUGGCAUCCAGAAAUAGUUUGUAUUGAAAUUCCAUUGUACCUUAAGCAGUUUUUA